AUAACGACAAGAGAAAAAUAAAUCUUUUAAAUUAAAUCUUUAUUCUUGUUGAAAUAUUAUACAGUUAUAUGUAUAGGUAAGUGCCUACUUUUACGAAUUCGCAUUGUCGUACAUGCGAUCAGCUGAUUACCCGGCAAAUGUUCUUUUAACCAUUGGAGGAAAGGAUGGAGGUAGACUAUCUGAAAAAGGAAGAUUCCGUAGAAAUGAUGAGGGAGUGUUUAAGAGAAUUGACCUAUAUGGAAAGAAAGGAGCAUCGUACGAAGGCGUUGAAUAAAAGUCGCGUAGCUUUAGGUAAUAUAAUUCCAGAUGCGUCGUUUACGACGGAAUUUGUUGUUGAAAAGGCGAAAGCGCUUAAAAAAAAGACGUUAUCUGUUGAGGAGUACAAACAAUUGCAAAACGCUCUUAUACAGGACGAGGAUAAUGUCAAAUCCUUUCUGAAAACAGACAAUAUUUUAUUUGCUCUAGUACGUGACUUUUCCAGUAACGAUCCAACUAUUCAAUUGUCAGCUAUCGGUUGCUGUUGCAACUUAGCUCUUGGAAAUGUUAAAGCGUGUACCUCGUUAGCCAAAAGCAUUGCACCAUAUCUCAUUACAGAAUUAGAUUGCUUAAAUUAUCCUUUACUGGAAGUUUGCGUGUGGACAGUGGGAAACUUAAUUGCAGGGAGUAGCAAAGCAUUUGAAGUUCUUCAUGCGCAAGACUGUUUAAAAUUCAUUGUUUCCCUGAUUCGCAAUUGCGACAUUACUAUUCUCCCUUCUGUAGCAUACACAGCUAUGCACUAUGUACGCGUCGGUUUUCAACAGAUUUCGGAGAAUGAAAUAAUAGAACUCGUUAAGGUUGCUACAGAAAGAAACCUCUCGUUCGAAACUCCAUAUUUUAUUUGGCUGCUUGCUUUGUUAUCUUCGCGAGCGAUAUGUAAUAUUUAUUUAUAUAAAACGAUGCAUUCGAUAGUGGAUUAUCUAUAUCAGAAUGCUACAAAUAAUAUUACCACUGUAACAGAGAUCACAGCAUGCGUAAGGAUAUUGGCUAAUACUAUUUGCGAAACGUCCGGUCGUUUGGCAACCUUGUUUUUGGAAAAUCCAAAGUACGCGCGAUCGGAUUUAGAAAUAUUAUUAAAUAAUUUACUUUCGUGCCAAUAUGUACAUGUUAGAAAAGAGACUUUGUGGUUAAUAGGCAACCUUUAUAACCAUAACUGCGCCAACGUUAAAAAAAUUGUACAAGAUAUUAUACCACGAUUAUCAUCUUUAAAGCAAGCGGUCGUAUCCACAACACAGCAAACUAUGUUGGCAAAUAUAGACUUGCUCGACUGAACAGG